CUCCCGCUCCCCGCUAGUGCCUGGCCUCUGGCUCCCAAAGCCAUGAAAGAGACAGACCCAGGAGCCCCCGAGCAGGAGGCAUUGGAGCUCUUCCAAGACUACAUCACUUACUACCGGGCAGGAGGCCGGGAUGGACGGCUGUGGGCCUGCAGGCAGCCAGCUGUCACCCAGAAAGCCAGGCAGCUCCUGGCCUCAGGGGCCAGGCAACCCCGAGGACUCAGCUUAUAUGAGGAGGCAGUCACUGGUGGCACUUCCCAGGGGCUUCUGGGGCAGGGAGAGGAUGUAUGUCCAAGGCUGGUGCCAGCACUGGAAUUCCUGGAGCUCGUAUGUGUCAACCUCUUUCUCCUCCCCUGGAGGAGAGAAAUAAAGUCCCUGAAGACAUUUACAGGUAAUUUUGUCUACUCAGUUCGGUCUGUGCUUCCAGAAAACAUUGUGGAAAUGAUCCUGAAGAAAAUAGGUUAUGUUGCCUUAACAGCCACAGAAUUUUCACUUGUCAGAAAAAUAAACGAGGAGGAAGCAAUGCAGACAGCAUUUGAAAUCUUCCUCACUAGAGUUGAAUGUGAAACCAUCCUUGAAAUGUCUUCUGAGUCAGGUUAUAGGGAGGAAGCGGGAACUCUUCUACAAAGUGCCCAGCCAUCUGAGCUUCCAAAAUGCAGAAAAGACAUGGAGAACCAUCCCAGGAAAAACAUGGAGAAUCAUCCCAGGAAAGACAUUGAGAAUCAUCCCAACCAGGUGUCCAAGUUCCCAAGCAAGAAGGAGAAAGACAAUUUGCUUUCCAACCUGAGGAAUGCACAGAAAGCAGUAGACGAAGACAAAUUGGAAAGCCGUUUGAGUGAGGAAACAGAGGAUGGUUGUCAUUUGAAAUCAGAUCUAAGUUUGCCCAGGGGCCCAUCUCCUACAGAUGGCCUCCCCCAUGACCAGGAAGUAGUCCAAGAUAUUAGCAAGUGUUCAGAGAGUGAUGAGUUCUUGAACUGCUAUAGGGACAUCUUCAUUGGCCAAACGCCCAUUUUCCCCAAGGACCUCCCUCCAAGCAGCCAGAGGAAGAAGCCCCAGGCCCAAGGCGGCUGUGCUGACCAAGGCAUCUUAGUCUCCAGCAAGGCAGCUGUGUCCAGAGUCACCUCCAUUCUGCCUCCUGUGGCAUCCAGUGGUCCCCCUGCUCUAACAGUUUUUACAGAUUCAACAUCUGAUGACAGCAGUAAGGUCCCUGGCCCACAGGUAAGGCCUAAGCAAGCAGAGGUGACAAACUUAGGCAUUGCCACUAGGCCCACCCUUCCAGACACAAAUCCAGAGCUCCACCCUCCCAAUGUGACCCUUUGCAACAAUGCUCCCUGGGAAGAUGACUGGUCCAGUGAGGAUGAUCUGGAUGACCUUUCCUCCUCCUUUAGCAGACUCCAAAUUAAAGCUCACAGUACUGAAAGUCUUGAAUAUUCUAUUGAAGAGAACUUGAAGGUCACUAACAGUCAGGCUACUGGAAGCCCCAAACAUUCUGAGGGACGGCACAAGGGCCUUGAUGUAACUAGCAAAAUACAUCCCACCAUUCAGCCAGCCUCAGAAUUAGUGUGUGGACUGUGGGAAAGCGGCUGUUCUGAGAGCAGGAGGCAGCAGCUUCAGAGAGCUACACCAUCCUUCCGCCAAGUCCAGGAGCCUCCAAACAUUACCUACAUUCCUCCCAGAAGUCUAGAGGUGUUUCCACCAGAUACCACCAUCUACCCACAUCAUCAGGAUGAUUGUCGAUGACUGGCUUAAACCCUACUCGGUAACAAGACUUUGUGUCUGUCAGGAGGGGAAACCGACAUUCUCAGAAACACGGGCUAGGCAAGGCAUUUCUAUUUCCUGCUUGAUUUUCUGAAUAUAGGCAACAUCAAGGGCUCUAGGCUGAGGAAGACAGAAGUAAGGAACGUAGAAACAACACGUCCUUCCCGUUUCCCGUUCAGGUUCUGUCACAAGGCCAUCCAAUCUUAUUCCUGCAAUAGUAUGAAGGACUCCAUCAUUGCAGGAGACGAGAGAGCAGCAAUCUGGAAGAGUACAAAGAAUGUGGAAUUUGGACUCAAAAUACCUAAGUUCCAAUCUCAGCCCUACCAUCCACUGUGAUCUGAGACAAAGCACAUCCCAUCUCUGAACCAUGUUCCUCAGCAACAUGCGAAAUAAGAAUGUUAGACUAAGGCCCAUUUCUAUUCCAAUGUUUUUAUGUUUUAAUAUUCUAUGUUCUAAGAUCUAAGUUGACAUUCUAUGCUCUAAGAAUGCUUUUACUGACAUUCUAUGUUCUAAGAUCUCUUCCAACUGAAAUUCUAUGUUGUCAUUCUAUGUUCUAAAAUCUCUCGUAGUUCUGAUUUUCUAUAUUCUAAGGCUUUUCCAGCUGACUUUUUAUAUUGACGUUCUGUGUUCUAAGAUCUCUUCCAGUUGACGUUCUAUGUUCUAAAAGCUCUUUCAGCUGACAUUCCACUUUCUAAGAUCUCUUCCAACUGAGAUUCUGUGUUGUCAUUCUAUGUUCUAAGCUCUCUCCUAGUUCUGAUUUUCUAUGUUCUAAGGCCCAUUCAAGUUAGGACAUUCUAUAUUCCAAAGUCCUUUCUAGUUGGGUAGGAAGGAGAGUUACACAGAUUGGAGAUUCUCCAAAGACAAGCCAGAGAAGUUUCACUACCACAAGCACAAAGAUGGUGGGUUAUCACAGAAAGACCUAGGAGUGUUACUUGGAAAAUGUUACUUAGAAAAAUCAUGGAAAACUUAACUGUCAUGAACUAGCCAAGUAAACAUGAAAAGAUCUUGAUAUUUCCUGGAACCUUGGUUUCCUCAUCUGCUAAAAGCAGAUGGUCAUCCUUGCGCCUCCUCCCUCUUAGGAUGGAUGUGAAGUAAUAUGUAAAUAGGGCAAGAUAAACAUUGGGAAGCUGACGUUAUUGUGGACUCUUCUGUGGUAGCUGCUGCUUCCUAACUCUUGCUUCCUUUCUGCUCCUCCAUUCUCCUACCGAUAGCAGGGCAAUUCUUCUAUCACCGAGGAAUCCUGACUUUGAAGUCAAACAGCUAGGUUUGGAGCCUGGUUUCUUACUUAGCCAGCUAUUAUUAUGGAUAACACUUUACCUGUGGUGCCUCAGUUUUCUAAAAUUUAAAAUGAGAGUUGUAGUAGAUAAUGAUUAUGGUCCUUUCUGGUUCUAAUAGUCUUUGCUGAAUUCUAUCUACUGCAGACUAAUCUUGGACUAUCUACUAUCUACUGCAGACUAAUCUGAGACUAAUCUUGGUCUUGGUGAGCCCAGAAUUACUGGGUUUAGAGCUCAGCACCAUUACUCUCAUCGCUGGUCCCUCUAUGACUCAGUUUCCCAAUGACUGGAAAGUGUUUUUAAGCCUUUAUCUCCUGGUGCCAGAGCCUUGAACCUUCAUGCUGCAGAUCUAGACCUCCUGACAUCUUCUGUGCAAUCAGCAUGAUAUCAUCACCUAGUAUUGCCGGGCUUUGUCCAUUGCCUCAGUCCUUCCCCACCUCCACCCUGAUCCUAGCCUCUGAACAUAUUGAAAUCCCAGAUCCCAGAUUCUGCUCCAACUUCAGGAUUCAGGGUUAGUACUCUGUUCUUCUGCCUGCAAAUUGAUGAGCAGGUCAAAUUAUAGUUUCCUAAGUUUUCUUCCAGUUCAAAAUCUUCUGAUUUCUACCUUCUUGGUCUUGAAUCUAUUUUCUAAACUCACUUUACUUUGUGGCCAUCUCUAGAGUGAGAGCUGCUGUUUCAUGAAAUCUGCAGCCAGCUCUCCAACCCCUGCCCAACUCCACACAUCUUUCUGGAUGCUCAGUUCUGGCCUUCCCCAGUCCAGCUCAACCUAUCCCUGGGUCCACUUUGGACAAUAAAUAUCCUUUUCUAACAAGUAAGAAGAGAACAGGGGCACUGGUGGUACAAAGAACAUCGGAGAGGGAGUUUAUUCUUUUCUUGUUUUGGCACUAGCUGAUGCAGCAAGGGACCACAAACGAUAGAGGAGAGGUGGCAAAUGCCAGACAAGCCAAAUCACCAUGAUCACCACACCAUGUCCCAUCACAUCCCAGUGGAGUCAGCCCAGGAUCUUGGGCCCCAAAGCCAGGUACUAACAAUGUGUCCCUCCUCCCCGAAGAUCACCGACCCCAGUCCCAGCUCCAUCCCUAAAACAGGAAAUUCACCCUUUUGGAAAUAUGACCUAGCCUCGCCCCACCCUUUUCAUCAACCAAAGCCUCUGAUCUGAACAGGAAAAUUCAUGGCACCAAAGUCCUUGGCACUGUCAAAGUUUCCAAUCGAAAAUGGAAAUGGUUUUAUCAGUGGAAAUGACACCAUAGAUGUAUCGGUAUUUUCUUUGCAUUUGUGCCCCUGGGAGCUUUCCAUCCGAAAAUCUGUGUUCUUUAUGUUGUCCCUUCUGUGUUGUCUUCCCUUUAGAAGCUGCUUGAGGGAAGGUUCUGGUUUGGUUUUUCUCCAUUUGCAUUCCAGCAUUUAACUCAGUGCUUUGCACAUCAUAAGCACACACAUGCACAACAUUCUGUGCUCUUAGAUAAGUCCCCAUUCCCCCUUACUGGGCCCAAGUUUCCUCUUUUGUAAAAUGAGAGGCUUAAAUCAGAAUCCCAUUCUGUUACUAUGAUUAUAAGCAGCUUUCAAUUCAAAAAGAAAUAUUUUGGGGGGUUUGUUUGUUUGUUUUUUGGCUGAGGCUUUUGGGGUUAAGUGACUUGCCCAGGGUCACACAGCUAGGAAGUGUUAAGUGUCUGCUUUGAAGUCAGGUCCUCCUGACUUCAGGGCUGGUGCUUUAUCCACUGCACAACCCAGCUGCCCCAAGAAAUAUCUUUAAACAAAUAAACAAACAAAAAAAUCUGUUGAUAAGCCAACUAGUCCCAUCGAUUUAAGUCAACAAAUUUGUAUUUGGGCUGGGUCUAAGGGGAGAAAAGCACACACAGGUGAGAAUUUCAUACAGCAAAGGCUUUCUCCUCCUUCCUUUUAAUGUUAAUAGAUGACAUUUAUGUAGUGCCUACUAAGUACUUCAUGAUUACUAUCUCAUUUAAUCCUCACAACCUGGGAGUUUAGUAGUAUUAUCCUCAUUUUGCACUUGGGAAAACUUAGGCAAAGAGCUCAAGUGAUUUGCCUAAAAUCAAACAGCGAUAAGUAUCUGAGGUAGGAAUUUAACUCAGGUUUAGCUCUCUGUCAACUCUAACACCUAGUUCCUUGUCCUUGGUGGGGCCAUCCACAGAAUGGGAAAGUAAGAAUAAUCAGUGUUAACAGUAAUAAUAGCACUUGUCUAUCCCUUUAUGGUAUGCAGAGUACUUUUCAAAUAUGUCAUCAUUUGAUGUUCCCAAGUUUGGGAGGUGCUGUUAUUAUUCCCAUUUUACAGAUGAGGAAACCGAGGCAGAGGUUAUCACAGGGCUGAUAAUUGUGUGAGACACUCAGGUCUUCUUGACUACAGGUCCAACACCUUAGCUGAUGAGAAGGAUCUUUAGUCCAGGCUAGAAGAGUUUCCCAAUAACAAAUUUUGGGGGAGGGAAGGGAAUCCUAGACCUGUGAUUUCACUAGGAUAAGGAACUCUUAAGGAACCUCUUCCUAUCAGUACAGACUAAUUCCUGCCCUGCAAUAAUACAUCACCUUAGACAGUCUGAGCCUGUGGCAUCCAGGGUCACAGAGUCAGUAUGUGCUAGAAACCAGCUCUUCUGCCAUGCUGCCACUCAUAAUAGCUGACAUUCUAAUAGUGCUUUCAUCUCCCUGAAUCCUCAUGAGGGCAUUGUGAUCCAAUUAAAAGAAUCAUGAAUGCUACAACUGAUUUUGUCUGUAAACUUCCACCUGCUUACUCUGCCUUUCUUCCUAACAAGAAUUGAUUUUUUUUUUCCUUUUUAAAGCAAGUUUAAAAAAAAAAAAAAAAAGGAUUACAACAGUUGGGCAAAGAUAAACUAUUACAUGAACUGAAAGUGUUUUCGGUUCCAAAGCAUAAGUUAGAGUCCCAAAAAAUGUCACGGGAAACAGUUUCAUGAGUUGGGAAAAGACCUGGGGCCAGGGAAAAUAUUUAGAGAUUCCAAAUCUCCACCUUAGAACUCACCACUUGUGUGAUCAUGGGAAAGAAAAUCACAAUUCCUCUCAGCUCUAUUCCUUUGUCUGUAAAAUGGAGGCAAUAGUUGUAAUAUCUUCCUUAGAGGUGAUUAUAUGUCACAUAUGUCAAAUGAGAGUAUGUGUAAAGGACUUACUCAAAUGAGAGUAAGGUGUAAAGGACACCUUAUGCUGCUGUAAGUAUGUGAGCUUCUAGUAUCAAAGAUCUGUAGGUUAGAAGGUCAGCAUGUCCAUCUACUUCAUUCUCCUAACAAGAAAACAGGCCCAUGAAGGGUGAGGUCCCGCAGGUGACCUUGGGGCACUUAAGUCCAGAUCUGUCCUAACUAUAAGGGUCCUUAGGACAAGACUGUUGUUACAUGCUAUGUUAAGAGAAAACAUACUCUCCAACAAGAUUUUUAAAAACAUAUAGGCUCAUUACGCCUUCCAAAACAGCUUCUUACUUUGCCAUUACAUUGAAAAAAAAAAAAAAAAGCCAUCAUAAUAGCUUGCAUUUGCAUAACAUUAUAUUCCUCAAGUCCUUUGGUCCUCUCAAGUUGUCAGGUACACAGUAGGAUAAUUCUUAUUCACCACUUUAAAGAUUAAGGGGUAGAUGAGGCUGACAUAAAAAGUAACUUUCAUCCCACAUUCCAAUUGAGAUGUGACAGAACCAGAUGAUGUUGCCAGGUCUCUCGAGGUGCCAGAUCCAAUGCUGUUACAACUAUGACCCCGCUGACUUUCACGUGGAGAUGAAGUCUUAAGUGUUUUAUUAUGAUUUAUUUCCUGUGGUCCUGCAACAGAAGAUUAGUGCAGUACAAGACAGCCUGGAGAAGGGAAAACUCAAGAGGCAUGAGAAGUGCCUUCAAGCAUUUGAGAUCCUGUCAUGGGGAAGAGAGAUUAAACUUACUCUGGCCCCAGAGACAGAAGCAGGAGCAAGAGGUGGACAUUUCAGAGAAGCAAACUUCUGAACCUGAGCUCAGGAAAAAUCCCUAAUGAGGAGAGCCAUCCAAAAGUGGAGUGAGCUGCCUGGGAGGUAGUGGGUUCCCCUUCACUUGAGAGCGACAAAGAGACUUGCUGAGUAUGUUACAGAGGGAAUUUGUUUUUUCAGAUGUAGACUAGACUACAUGGGCCUCCGAGAUCAUUUCCAAUUCUGAAGUUCUAUAAUUCUCGAUUUGUAGUCCAAACUUUUAGUUUUUACAGGUAAGAAACUGCGACCUGGAGAGGGAAAAUUACUUUCCUCAAGUCAGAAAGUGAGUUAGUGAUAGGGUCAAAGCGCCUGACUCCUGUCCCAAUGCUCCUUCUAAAGUCAUCCCUCUAGAAUAAAGAAAAGAACAAAUCAUUUGAACAAGCUCAAAACCAUUUAAAAGCAGUGGAGGAAUGCAAGUUGAAACAAGCCUGAGGUUUCACUUCACACCUUGCAAAUUGGUAAAGAUGACAAAAGAUGGGAAGAUAGGAAGGCUAAUACUUUGUUGGUGAAGCUGUAAAUCAGUACAAUCAUUUUAGAAAAUGAUUGAUCUAAAGAUUCUCUAAGUUUAUUCUUCAAGGAAGAUAUGGAUAAGAAGAAAGUUCCCACAAAAUAUUUACAGCAGCAUUUUUUGUAAGAAUUGGAAACAAAGUAGGUGCUCAAUAACUGGGGAAAAAAAUUUGUGGCACAUGAAUGUUAUGAAAUAUAACUAUUCUCUGAGAAAUGAUGAAUGCAAUGAAUACGGAGAAGUAUGAAAAAACCUAAAUGGCUGCAGGGUGAAAUAAGCAGAGCCAAAUAUAUAUAUAUACACACACACACACACACACACACAUAUAUACACACACAAGAAUGCUUACAAUAUAAAUAAAAAUAACUUUCACAAAAGUGAAAGUUGUAAAAUUACAAAAAAUAAACAACCCAAGAGAAGACACCUUCAACUCAAGUUAUUUGCAAAGAGAGCUACUGUAAUGUAUAUUGCACAUAUUUUCUGAUUUUUUUCAUUAUACUGCUCAAUUAUGCUGAAGUUUUUCCUAUUUUUUUCUUUGAAGAAAUGCUAUUUUGUGGAAAGACUCUGGGGCAGGAGGAACUAGGGGAGGGCUCCUAGAAAUUACAGUAAUGUAAAAAAAAAUUAAUAAAAAUAUAUUUUUAAAAAUAAAA